AUGGCUUCUCAGGCUUCUGGGACCUCAGUCUCAAACUCUUCUAGCUCAUUUGCAUCGAAGCUUUCUUGGAAUUUCAACACCUUUUUCGCUAUAGAAUAUCCCGAUAAACACCUCCAACUUGAGACUGGCCCGAAGCGCAGGAAGACCAAGGGGCACCGUGCUUACGUUUGCCUUCACUGUCAAAAACCACCGUGGUCGAAUCGAGUGCCUGGAAACGCCAUACACCAUGAAGAAACGGUUCACCGGGCCCUUGUGAGGGCAAGCGAGGCUGAGCCUGGCCCUCCAUCUAGCCCAUUAGUCUCGGGCAUUUCGUUUGUUGAUAUUGAUCGUUAUAUCGUCUCUCGUCCUUCGCAAGCUGCUCUGCGCAACUGUUUUAAUAAGCAAGCCUAUAUUGAGGCAGUUGUAGGACUUCUCACAAGGCGAAGACUGCCCUUUUCGGCGGUUGAGUACUCUGAGCUGCGAGACCUGGCUCUUGCAUGUAAUCCAGCCGUCGGAGACCUUCUCAUCACCGAUCGAAAGCAGGCUAUGGGCUAUAUUAACUCGAACUACUCGUUAUACAGCUCACGGCUCGCCGAGAGCCUUCAACGAUGGCAGUCAAAAAUACACAUCUCCUCCGAUCUCUGGACAUCGCCACAUCGCAAAGGCGUGCUUGCUAUAUGCGCUCAAUGGGUCGAUGACGACUUCAAGCUUCAGAAAGCACUACUGGGACUGCCAGAGUGCAGAUAUAGCCAUUCUGGCGCUGCGCAGGCUACGUUGAUUGCUGGUACGCUACGGAAGUUCAAUAUUUCUGCUCCCAAUCUCGGCUAUUAUAUAGGCGAUAAUGCAGCGUCAAAUGACACUUGUUUAGAGGAGCUAGCAAAGGUCUUAAAGGCGGAACCAGGUGUCAAUUACCCUCACAAACGCCGCAGAAUUCGCUGUAUUGGCCAUAUCAUCAAUCUCGCCUUACAAGCAUUCCUUCUAGCUCGCUCAAAAGAAGCUCUGAGAGCUGCACUCGAGGCUACUGCUGAUGAGCCCGGUUCGACUAUGCUAGAGGAGUUCUCGCAGCAACUACAUGAGCUGGGUCCGGCGCAGAUUUUGGAACAAUCCCAUACCACGGCGCAGCAAGAACAACAGCUGGAAGAGCGGGAGGAGCAGCCCGCCAGAAGGUCAAUAAAGGUGAGAGGCAAGCGAGCCGCUACAACUCAUCAGCAGGCCGGAAACAACGAUGAGCGCUUCGCUGGCUGGCAAGGCAUUCCAGCCCUAGCAAAACUUCAUGCACUUGCAGUCUAUAUACGUAGCUCCGCUCUACACAAUGAUCAGUGGUACGAUGCUGUAGGCAAGCAACUAGGUAUCGAUAAUAUCACCAGAUGGUCCUCGUGGUAUAAAGUUAUCACAAUCGCGGUACAGAAGAAGGCACAGAUCAUCCAGUUUACUGCUGAUCAUGAUAGUGAUCUCGAAGGCAAUACCCUUACAAGCAGGGAUUGGCAAAUGCUAGAAAGAACGCUAGAAUUUCUUCAACCUUUCCAUGAGGCCACGUUAGAAGCUGAGGGCGAUAUGGCCUCAAUCUCACAAUCCCUCGAGCUGUUCGACCUUCUCCUAGGGCACUGCGAAAAGUGGAAGACUCACUACUCGCAGCCGAUUAAUCGCGAUGAUCGCAUCGUCCAUUCCAUCGAUAUGUGCUGGUUUAUACUUGACAAGUAUUACACAAUGACUGAGGAUGUCCCCGUAUACGCCGCAGCCCUCCUCCUCGAUCCUUCUAAACGCAAGAGCUAUAUAGAAGAAUGCUGGCCCGAGGAAUGGCACGAGGACGCGUUUGCGGCCGCGCGCAGUCUCUGGGAGGAAGAGUACAAUCACGAUGUCGAGGUACAGCUCUCGGAGCACUCCUUGGCUGCACCUGUUUUAUUAAAGCGAAAAAAGGAUACAAUGCUUUCGAAGAUGCGCUUAGAGCUGCGAAACAAGACGAUGGCGAAAGCACGCGGCAAGGAUGAUUUCGAUAGCUUUAUCUCAGAGGCUCCUAUCGCACUCGCAGAGGGUGUUACGCCCCUUCAAUGGUGGUGUAGUGACGACGUUCGUACGGCAUACCCACGGCUUAGCCGUAUGGCUAUCGACAUCCUGUCCAUACCAGCGGAGUCAGCAGAGCCAGAGCGGAGCUUUUCGGGAGCUAGACGCACAGCUAGAUGGGAUAGGUUACGGUUGCUGAUUGACAGCAUUGAGAAGAUUGAGUGCAUCGGCAACUGGUUGCGAGAGGGACAUAUUAAACCCUCUGCCGAGGGUGGGAUAGGCUUACCCUGCGACCCAGAGGUCAUAGAGGGUGAUAUAUGA